CAUGAAAGGCGCAGAGUGGAGGAUGAAAGGCAUCACCUGGAGACCCCGGAUGAGCGUGUGACAGUGGCGGCGGAGGAAUAAAAAAGUUAUUCUGUUUUUAGGCUGACGCGCCUCCCAUUGGUCAGUUUGUGCUGUAUGCAAAUUAGCACGGCUACGUCAGAUCCUGAACUUGUGCGCCAUAUUUUUUCCUCAGUAGAGGAAGAAAGGGACAAAAGCGGCGGAGACAUUAACGUAACAUCGCAGGUGAUUCGUAAACAUUGCGCAUUCUCCUGAAGGCGUGCGCGCGCGUAUGUGUGACCGGAGGAUGCUGCUCGGAUGAGUGUGCGCGCGCGGCGGGGGCAGCGGACGCAGCUUGUCGACACACACACACACACACACACACACACACACACACACUUACGCACACUCACGCACACACACGCAGGCCGGUGGAAGUGGGGAUCGGUGGAACCUGUCAGAUCCAACGUUCACGGGAAUAAGACGAAGGCCUGUGAGGUAAAAUGUAUCAGGUUCCAGUUGGAAACAUUGAGAAGAUAAGAAAGGCGCGCAAGGCGGUAAAGAACAUCCUUUCUGAGAUUGGCCUGGAGGAUUGUCAAAACCUGCUGAAGGACCUUAAUGAAAAGACUGAGACAAACGAAGAAGAAGAGGAGGUCUUUCAUGAAACCAAGUGGAUUGAUUUUACAGAUGGAUACAGUACGAGACUACAGAAAAAGUGGCCUUAUCGGUCCCACUCGCUGUGUUGUAACCUCUGCAAGUACUCGUCACAAAACAUCUACAACUUCAGGAGUCACGUCUCCCGCUGCCACGGAUAUGUUCAGUCAUUCUGCGCGCUGGCGCCCUGUUCCCAGUGCCUCUUCAUCAGCCACCCCAAGGUCGUCAAGAGGCACAUGCUGCUCUUCCACGCCAAACUCGCCACCCAAAUACAAUCACAAAGGGACCCGUCUUUACUCACCCAUCGCGGAAACGAGAGGUAUCAGUGUCGAAGAUGUGGAUUUCCAAACUCUUCGAUCUUUGCGAUGAAGAAGCACAUUAUUCUCAAGCACUUGGACAGUUUGGCAGAACAGUAUAUAGGUUACAGAUUAAAUAUUCAAGGAAAUACGUCUGUAAAGAUCUACUGCUGCAAAGUGUGUAAGGUGAACACGGGGAAUCUAGACCAAAUGUUGCAUCACAUGCUGGUUGAGCCGUCGCAUUAUUCAGUCAGCACACAAGUGCAGAGCCUGAUUCACGAGAACAAGAACUACACCAUUAAACCAACACCCAAUGGAAAUGGUGUGUUUCUGACAUUCCCAAGUAUCUCUCCGAAAUUACAGCAAGCUCAAAUAUUCAACAGUAAGUCCUUGGUUUUACCAGCUAAUGGCCAACCUGCUGGGACUGUGGUGACAUUACAGCAACUGCAAGGAAGUACAAACACAACUACUCUGAUCUGUGCCCCUGGAACAAACCAAGCUUUCCUGCCCCCUCAAGCAUCGGCACUAGUGCAGCUAGCUAGUGCCGAAGCUAAAGGUCUGCUUCAGCCUGGUGCCACGAUAGCGCUUCGAGGUACUUUACCCCAAGGACCGUCCAUGCUCCAGCUUCCCACAGUGUCUACUGUGUCUCUGAAACAGGCACCAAUGGUUCUAGCUCAGGCUUCUGCCCAACCACAUCAGACUCCACAAGCACAGCAGAUCCUGGUUCCGUCAGGAGUGCAGGCCAACAUGGCAGCUGGAGCUGUACCUAAGCCUGCCGUGGUUGCACAAAAUGCGUCAACAAAUCAAAUCAACCUACAAGGCACCAUGCUGACUUCACAGUCCCUGCUGAAUCACCUGAUCCCAACCGGCAACAGGGUGAACGGCAUGCCCACAUACACGUUUGCUCCACUGCAGGGAGCGAUGCCCGUCUCUCAGAGCACAAGUACCCCUCUCAAGGCUGUAGAGCAAACAAGUAACUCCGUACCACAAACUAAGAAAUGGAUUACCUGUCCCCUCUGUAAUGAACUUUUCCCUUCCAACGUGUUUGACAUUCACACAGAGGUCGCCCAUCAGACAAAAUCCCUCACCUCCAAGUCAGAAAGUUUGGCAGCACGAGCAGCAUUCCUUAAGAAAAUGCCAGACAAAACUGUCAAAUGCCUAACAUGCAAAAUUCUUCUCUCAGAGAAGAGCGUCUUCCAACACUUGCUGCAUGGCCUGCAUUGUUUGUACUGCUCAGCCUUGUUCUACUCAAUCAAACAACUUGCUGAGCAUGUGAAGCAGCACAAUCCUUCAAGCAAAGCAUACUGUGAUUUCCUAAGGCAGAAGUUCAGGGUCUACUCAAAAGGUGUCGGAGGAAUCCUAUUCCCUUACUUUGACGUCCACACCACUGCACCAAAAGAGAUCCUCGGAGACACGGAGGUCAAUCUUGCCCUGGUCACAAGUACGCUCGACCUGAUCUUCUUUAAGUUGCAGCCCAGCAGCCAGUCAGAAAUCUGUUCAGCUCCUGUAAAAAUCAACAGCAUGUACUGUCCCUUCUGUGAUGAAAAGUUCCCAAACGAAACCAAACACCUGCAGCAUCUGAAACAGAAACACUUUGUUGCUCCUACUAUCCAUGCCAUCCUCAAGACCGAGGCUUUCAAGUGCAUAUACUGCAAUGGAGUGUACACAGGGAAGGUCACCCAGCAGGCUGUGAUGCUCCACAUUCAGCGAUGCCGGUGUUCACCAAAACAACCACAGCCACCCAAACCUACAGCACCACCACCGCAGCCUCCAAAACCAGUUCAGCAGAUCAUUCAGCCGUCCGGGCUCUACUUUCUCCAAAUGCCACAAAGGCUGACUAUGAAACAGGCUCCAGCAACUAUAACUCCAACUCGUGCGAUUCGACCUGCACCUGCAGAAACUGCAGAGGAGCAGCUGUCAAAGAAGCGGCUGGAGGCUGCGCUGAAGCAGGUCAUGGAGGACAGCAAACGAGAAAGAGAGGUAAAGGCGGCCAUACGCAAGAAACGGGAGCAGGAAAAGCUGUUGCCUCUGCCGGAGCCUGAGGUCCAAAACGACCCUGCGGUGAAGCUGGCUUUGGAGCCGACCCCAGUUGAUCGCCGCAGUGGUGACGAGCGCAGAGACUUCAUAUCUAAAUACUUCAACUUAAACCCAUACGCCAACAGAGCGGAGACGGAAGAGCUGUGCAAGAGGCUUUCUCUCACCAAGCCGGAGUUGGCGGCCCUCUUCAGCAAGAAGCGCAGUAAGUGCAUGAAAAGCCUCAAGAGGAACAGCCCCGCCAUUCUCCUGGGCUUCAACAUGACCGAAGUGAGGAAACUCAAGCACAACCUGCUCAUCCCAGAACAGCGGCCCGCCGAACCCACAGAGCAGCCGCACGUCAGUAAAACGGCGCAGGUGGUGAACAAUGAGGACGUACCAGAACCGAUGGAUGUGGGCGGAAAUGAGAAAGUUGCAGAGGAGGUGGAGCCGAUGGAAUGAGUUCAGGGGGCCGACCCCUCUGAUUGAACCCUGAUACUUUAACAAUGGCCUUUUGUGUUGACCGUCACUGGAAGAGUUGAACAGUGUAUUUCCUAACGUACACCUGUACAUGAGAGCAGUUUCUUCAAGUAGCCAUCAUUAAUAGUGUUUCAUUUGACUUUAGAAUGUUGUCAGUGGCCCAUAACAUUAUUUCCACACAACCAGAGUAAUGCUGUGAUACUCCCUAAUAUAUAAUAUAUAUAAGCAUAUUGAAGAUACAGAUGUAUACAACAGUAUUUCGCUGGUUACAUUAUUCAAUCUACUGACUUCAACAUAAUCACUGACUUGUGCCUGGUAGCUGCUUUUUUCACCCUUUAUUUAAACCCUUUGUAAAAAGUGUGAUUUCAGUUCUUAUCUUCUAAUAUUAAAACUUAAGUGCACAACUCCAUCUAGAGUUCAGUUAUUAUGCUUUUUCUGUUUUUCCUUUUUUGUAACAUAUUGGACCUAUUUCAUUCAUGUGCACGGCUUUAUUAUUUCAGUUUUUUCACGGUUUCCAUCUUCGUAUUGACAGUUUAAGGGGGGGGGCAUGUGUUUUGCUCACCAGCUCCUAUAAAUUUUUAAGGUGGACGUUCUUGCUUGAUUCCCAGAAUUGUCAAAAACAUGGUUAUUACUAUUAUUAAUCUCAAUUGAAUCAUGAGGCUUGCUUGAUCUUUUCUUUUACUGUCAGGUGAAAUUAUGAUAUGUGCCAUUGUGAGGAAGUCUACACAGUUGCAUAGUAGAAACAACAGAACAUAGAUGUCAUCGGGUGUUGAUUCUUUCACUGUAUAUCUUUGGUUCUCCUGUUUUCUUUUUUUUUUACUUGUAUUUUCUAUAAAUCCUAGAGGUUCAAAAUUGUAGGGAGAGGUCAAAGUCCUCAUUCUGUCCAAGACCACUGUGUUGUAAAGAAUAAAGUGGUUCCUUUUUACAUGAA